CUGCUCGUCUGUCGCGCGCUCACCUCCUUACCGCGGUGCUCGGUCCCGCUGCUCGGUCCGAUGGAGAUGUUCGCCUCGUUUGAUGACUCCGUGUUCCUGGAGGCGCGUGCCCGCGUCCCCGUGACGUUGUCUGCCUACGACGCCAAAGUGUGUGAGCCGAAGUGGUUCUGUGAGGCCGCGGCGCUGCACACUGAGGAUCCUCUGGAGAAGCUGAAGGUCUAUAAGUUCAGAGGCGACCUGGCGGUGAGGCGAGGGAACCACCAGGAAGCCCUGGAGGCGUACGGCGGCUGCCUGCAGUGGGUCUCCCGCACCAACCUGACGGUCCGGAGGGACAUGCUGGAGGGGAUGGCCCGGUGCUGCGCCCAGCUGGGCCACCGGCGCCGCGCGCUGGACUUCGCCAACUCGCUGAGCAAAGAAGUGUCCAACACCUGCCACCUGACCAGCCUCCUGCUGCUCAAGGUCAGCAUCUACCAGCAUUUCGGGGCGGUGGGAUCAAAGAUGUCGGCCCUGCAGCAGCUGUGCAGCCUGCUGCCCUUUAACCCCUGGCACUGGUACGACCUGGGGCAGACGUGUCUGCCUCUGCUGGACAGCGGCGGAACUGCAGUCGGGUCGAGUUCCCCAGAGAGGUGUGAGUCAUCAGAAGAGCAGAAUGAUGGAGGGACUGAGCAACAACAACAGGAGGAGGAGGAGGAGGAGGAGGAGGAGCUCAAUGAGAACAUCAUCUGGCUGAAGGCGUGCACCUGCUUCAUCAGGACCAGACUCCUGCUCAGGAUCCUCCGGCAGCAGCAGUCCUCCUUCGUGCUGCGGCGGGCGGAGCGCGCUCUGCAGACCACAGAGGAGGCGCUCCAGAGGCUGAGUCCCGGAGACAGCGCCACGCAGGCCCUGACGGAGGUGCUGUCGGAGGACCUGAUCCCAGACCGGAUGAGGGAGGACUACCAGGACGGGGACAGCGUGGCCAAUGUGUGUGUGCAGAGCUUCAGGGAGCGCUGGUGGGACAAGAUCCUCCUGACGGGGGCGCUGGGGGCCGGCGGCCGCGGGACCCGGGCGGCGCGGCGCCGGCGCUCCGGAGGUUCCGAAGAACACGCCGACGUCCUCCCGCCGCGUCAAUCUCAUCAAGACGCGAAUUGAACUGGACCGAGUGAAAGCCACGGGGGGGAGGGGCAGUCGCUAAAUGUCACAAAAUCCCCCCAAAAAGCACAAACUGCAGACGUAUAAAUCACAUUCUCAAGCUGAUGGAUUUCUCUCUCGCGGUGGAUCUUACGGAACAAAGCUGCAGCCACUUCAUGCUGUGCAACGUAUCAUGAGACGGUUAAACAUCUUUGAAUGUUCUGCCUAAAAGGUCACGCGUGCCUUAACAUGUUCAUGUCUUAAGGAGGAUUUUCGUAAGUAUCUAUGGAAAAAAGGCCUGUUUUUUUAUCUUAUGGUUUAUGAGCCGUCGUAUUUCAGCUGCUCCUUGAUUUACGGGACAGCUGGUGAAAAACGUUCCACUGUAAGCGAAAGAGAGCCAGCUGGUCUCGUAUAUUACAGUAAGAAAAAUAAAAGACAUUCCAUGAUUACAAUAUGAUUUAAAUCCUUUAUUUUCUUUAAUAAAAUCCCCUGGUACAUGC